AACGUUCUUGAUAUCAUCUAAAAAUAAAAUGUUCUUCCUAAAAAUUAUGGUAAUAAUAUAUAGUGAUUUUUAACCUGAGAAAUUGAGAUGCUAACUUCUCUUCGGUCAUCAUCAAGAACUCUAAGACAUGUUCUUACUUUCAUCAAACAUUUUCACCCGGAAAUCGGUGUAAUAAACUUUUUCAAACUCCAGCGCGACCCUCAAUUGAAAUUGUAUCACUCAAUAACCCAAUCCCAAGAAGUUCUAACAUUUUCGAUUCCCAGAGAAGAAUACCCACUGAAGCAAGAUGUAGUUGCCAAGGAGAAUUGGAUGAUCACCAAGCUGUGUCGUGAGGGCAAGAUUUCUGAAGCACGUAAACUGUUUGAUGUAAUGCCUGACCGAGAUGUGAUUUCGUGGACAGCUUUGAUUUCGGGUUACGUAAAGUGUGGUCUGGUUAAGGAAGCCAGGGAAUUGUUUGACAGAGCUGACGCCAAGAAAGAUGUCGUUACAUGGACAUCUAUGAUAUCCGGUUACUUGAAAAGUAAGAGAAUUUCCGAGGCCGAGAGGCUUUUUCAUGCAAUGCCGGACAAGAAUGUGGUAACUUGGAACACUAUGAUUGAUGGGUAUGUUCGAAGCGGUAGAAUCGAGCAUGCAUUGACGGUGUUCGACGAAAUGGGUGAGAGAAAUGUCGUUUCUUGGAAUACGGUGAUUUCGGGUUUGGUAAACUGUGGAAGGAUUGACGAAGCUAUGGGGUUUUUCAGUCGAACACCUUUGAAGAAUGUGAUUUCUUGGACUAUAAUGAUAUCUGGAUUAGCAAGAAAUAAGAGGGUAGACGAGGCAAGAUUGCUCUUCGACACAGUGCCCGAGCGGAACGUGGUCUCUUGGAAUGCAAUGAUCACUGGUUACGCACAAAAUACGAGGUUGUCCGAAGCAUAUAACUUGUUCAAGAAAAUGCCCGAAAAGGAUGCGCAGUCAUGGAACGCAAUGAUCACGGCUUUUAUCCAAAACGGUGAAUUGGAGAAAGCGAGGAAGUUGUUCGACGAGAUGCCAGCUGGCAAAAACGUCGUUUCUUGGACUGCUAUCAUAAGUGGGCUGAUGCAGUCAGGCGAAAGCGAAGAAGCGUUGAGAUUGUUCUAUGUGAUGAACAAGAGCAGUAAAGUAAAGCCCAACGAAGCAACCUUUGCGAGUGUUUUAGGAGCUUGUAGUGACUUGGCCGGUCUUGGAGAAGGUAUGCAAGUCCACCAAGUGAUAAGUAAGACCGCUUAUCAAGAAAGCAAGUUCGUGAUAUCUGCACUUAUAAACAUGUACUCGAAAUGCGGAGAAAUUGAGAUGGCUAGACAAAUGUUCGAUUAUAAUGGUUUCAAGGAUUUGGUCUGUUUUAACUCGAUUAUUUCUGCGUAUGCUCACCAUGGAUUUGGAAGAGAGGCGAUUAGCGUUUUCGAGGAGAUGCAGAAGACGGGCUUCAAACCGAACGAGGUUACUUACGUGGCGUUGCUCUCUGCUUGCAGCCAUGCUGGUUUAGUGCAAGAAGGGCUAAAUUACUUCAAAGCGCUUUUAAAAAACGAGUCUUUAAAAGUGAGAGACGAUCAUUACACGUGCGUGGUUGAUUUAUACGGUCGGGCGGGGAAGUUGAAGGAGGCGUUUGAUCUUCUACAGCGAGCUCCGCUGAAAGAAUCUGCGUAUUCGUGGGGCCCGCUUCUGUCGGGGUGUAAUAUUCAUGGGAAUCUUGAUAUGGGGAAAGUUGUGGCGGAGAAGCUGUUGGAAUUGGAUUCGGUGAGUGGUGGGAUUUACGUGCUUUUGUUUAAUAUGUAUAGUAAUGGUGGGAAGUUGAAAGAGGCUGAAAAGAUGAAGAUGAAGAUGAAGGAAGGGAGGUUGAAGAAAGAGCCUGGUUGUAGUUGGAUUGAAGUUGGUAAUAAGUUUCAUGUUUUUGUUGUUGGAGAUAGAUGUAAUGGAGAAAGUGAAGGUGUUUGUUUCUUGCUUUUUGAUCUUCAUGAGAAAAUGAAGAAGGUUGGUUCUUUAUUGGAUGAUGUUGUAGUAAUGGAAGAGUGUUUUUUAUAAGGUUUUUGGUACUAAUUCAAGAAUUGUACACACAUCCAUAUGGGUGUGUGUGUGUGGGGAUGGGGGAGGAAUCAAUUUUCGUGUGAUGUUCAUUUCAUGAGUGUGGCAUGAAUUUGACGAGUUUUUUGAAUUGAAAA